GUCUUGGUUCUGCCCAGGGCGAAAAGGCCGAUCUUCAGAGCCGCUGUAGCAGUCGCGCGGACUCCACAUUCCACCAGAGAAACCCUCGCGGUAGUGUCAAAGCAGCCUCUCGCUCGGCUAAGGCCCGAGAAAUCCCACUCAAAUUCAUUAGAUUCUUUCACCCUAGACCCAAAGUCACCUAAAUACCUUCAAACAUGUCUGACGAUGAGGAACAAUACUCGGAGGCCGGCGAGGGAGUCGAGUUUAUGAAGAGACAAGAACAGAAGAGAAGCGAUCUCGAUGAACAGCUCAAGGAGUACAUUUCCGAAUGGCGGAAGCAGAGAUCCAAGGAAGAGGAUGAGCUCAAAACCUUGAAGGAGAAACAAGCAAAGCGCAAAGUCACUCGCGCUGAGGAAGAGAAGAAAUUGGCUCAAAAGAAGAAGGAGGAAGAAGAGCGUCGUCAACGUGAAAUUGAGGAGAAGAAACAGCGGGAUAUGGAGGAAAAGAGGAAACGUUUGGAGGAAUCCGAAAAGAAACGUCAAGCUAUGAUGCAGGCAAUGAAGGACCAGGCAAGCAAGAAGGGUCCCAACUUCACCAUCACUAAGAGCAGUAUAGCUGGAAACCUCUCGUCGGCGCAACUGGAACGUAACAAGACGAAAGAGCAGUUGGAAGAAGAAAAGAAAAUUUCCCUGAGCAUUCGUAUUAAGCCUUUGGAAAUUGAUGGUCUAGGAAUUGACAAACUGAGAUUUAAGGCCCAGGAACUCUGGGACCAGAUUGUCAAGCUCGAGACUGAGAAAUACGAUCUUGAAGAGCGUCAGAAGCGUCAGGACUACGAUCUUAAAGAGUUAAAGGAAAGACAGAAGCAGCAACUCAGGCACAAGGCUCUCAAGAAAGGCCUGGACCCCGAAGCCCUUACUGGCAAAUACCCACCUAAAAUCCAAGUCGCCUCCAAGUACGAACGUCGUGUCGACACCAGGUCCUAUGACGACAAGAAAAAGCUCUUCGAGGGUGGAUAUGAUACGCUUCUCGCAGAGAUGAGCGAGAAAAUGUGGAAACAGAAAACAGAUUCAUUCAUGAAACGCACCAAAACGAAGCUUCCAAAAUGGUUCGGCGAGAGGCCUGGAAAGAAGACUGGGGACCCCGAAUCACCGGAAGGCGAAGAAGACAUAAAGGUAGCUGAUGUGGACCUGGAGGAACCAAUUUUAGACGAUGAAGAGGAAGAAGAAGGAGAGGGUGGUGAAGAAGAAGAAGAGGAGGAGGAAGAAGAGGAAGAAGAGGAGGAGGAAGAAGAAGAAGAGGAGGAAGAAGAAGAGGAAGAAGAGGAGGAAGAGUAAAAUCCCCCGUCACCAUCUUCUUCGAUCUUUCCUCUAUUUGCGAAUUUAAAAUUUGCGAUUCUCCAAUUUCAAAUUUCAAAUUGCGCAAUCGUCACUCGUUCCAUGUUCUAUUUCACCUACGUGAGAGCCCAUGAAGCUGUAAUUGUAUUUUUCAUGGAAAUGCCAUAAACACGAUUUAUCCACUCGAUUUAUCAACACGAUUAAUCAAGCAAUAAAGCGCGGCAAAAACCUGUAAAUCAAAUGCAUCGCGCAAACUCGCUAUUACUACUAUAACUACUGUUAUUAUUAUUAUUAUUAUUAUUAUUAUACAAUUACAAUAAUGAUAUUAUACACACAAACGCACAUACACAUUAUUAAAAUAAAAUCGUUUAUCGUAUAAACAUUGCUGCACCUUAUCAACCUUCACACAACACGCACACACAAAAAAUGUUGAGAUUCAACGAUUGAUUGAAACUGCUAUGAGAUAAUAAUUUAUUAAUACACUCAACUCCAGAUAUAAGGAAGAAUUCGGGCAUGGCUUGCAGUGGCCUUGAUUCUUAAUGGGGAGAAUCCAAACGUGAACAGGCAGGACCGCAUGACCCGUUUCGGUUGGAUUUGGAAGCAUGACGCAACCUGAUACAACUAAUGCGCGGAGAGUGCGACCCUCAUGCUGUUUGUCACGGUUGACUGAGCAUCGCCUCUCUCUGUCCCGCGUCUCCCAACACCAAGAAACUGCCGAGGACAAUAAUUCUAGGAAUAUCGUAAAUCGAAUGUUCUUAUAUACGGUGUUGAGUGUAUAACGUUGUUCCGGGUUCCAAAUAAAUUUUUAUUUUAGGGGGUACGAUUUUAUUUGGAACAUGUACAUAGGUUCUGAAUAGAAUUUGUUAAUGAUUUUAUUUCUCGAUAAAUUAAUUUAAUACAUUUAAUCUACUAAUUUUCUUUUCUCAUUAUUUUAUUCAUUCUCUACUCUAUUGACAGUGUCUCGAAUUUCAAAUUUGUAUCAUCAUGAUUUAAGUAGAAGGUUAGAUUGAGGAGAUUAAUUUUCUACGACCACGGAAAAAACUUUCAGUCCAAUUUAUUCUAGUCUACUGAAAUUUUGUAAGAAGAAAAUUACGCUCACUUACCCCGAUGUUGGUACUUUGAGGAGUCGUUACUUUUGUUUCAUGGCUAUCAAUAAAUGGCGUGAAAACUA